AGCUCGUCGAACCGACGUGACCGCGUUCCGGCCCUGACUCAUCCUCUGCAGCUCUCAUCUUUGCGGAGACGCUCUUGUUUGGCACGCCGAGCGGAAGACUUGGAGUAGGCAGCGCUCCAGGUUGAGGCGUGACCGGGCAAGGAGCUCGAGCCGGACACACGUCCGCGCCUACACGAUGACAGACCAGCUGGAUCACGAUGAGCACCACAUCGAGCCGAGCUUGACGACCUCGCGCUAUUCGCGUCUGACCCUUGCGCCUGCAACUCGUCGGACGACCGUGACGACGACGACGACGACGACAGUCCAUUUUGAGCCCAUCAUCUUGCCCAGUCCUGCUCUGCCCAGGAUCAGCUAUUCUGGCAAUCCUCACGCGAGUGGAUCCGCAUGGACGGAAGAGACGCACGCAGACGAGGAUAGCAUGGCUUUGGAUGAGAAUACGGAUAGGUUCGUAUGGCCCUCACAGAGCACACUAGACGGCAAGAGAUACCCACUCGCGGCGCAACCUGUACCUGCCUCUCUCCGACAAUUUCAGCUCAAGCUCGGCGCGCUCACCGGCGUUCUAGAGCGCGAUGUCAUCACAGCCAUGCCGAAUGACUCCCAUCUGCCGUCAGGCCAAACGACCUUGGCAACCUCUCAGCCACACGCAGAAUCGCGAUCAUCAGGACCGCCACGCAAGCGUAUGCGCGGAUCAUAUACCCCCACGCGAGACGAGGCCAAUGAGGCCUUGAGAAGUAGUCUUUAUGACAGCCUGCCAUCGCCACUCAUCUCGCCCAAGACCGAGGAUCAACAGCCCGAACUUACCUCGGCCCCUGCACAUGCUCAGCGCAAGCUCGUCUCACCAUCGGGAGCCGCUCCGCCCGGAGAGACCACCAUACAGAGACAGAUCGUCGGCGAUCCCCUCGACCUGGGAGAUGGUCGCGAGCUUGCUGCCUUGCUAUCCCUGCCACAGCUCGUCGAGCGAUUCGCCAGCUACCCCUCAAGUCUACAGUCUCACAUCCUUUAUUCGUUGCUGCAACGCUCUCCCAUCCCCGUCAUCCAGAGCAUGCACGCCAUCACGUCUUUCGCCCUCAAGCGCGACUUUCUCACCGAUCUGCCACCAGAGCUUGCAGUCUUGAUUCUCUGUCAUCUCGACAUCAAGUCAUUGAGCAAGGCAAGUCGAGUAUCUCACAGAUGGCGACAACUCAUCAAUGGCGAAGGCAAGAUCUGGCAACGUCGGUUACAAGAUGAUGAUCUCUGGGUAGGCGGGGACAGCGAAGCGAAUGAAGCCAAGUCGCUAGAACUCGGCGAGCGAUUGAGCGAUCAAGAAAAAUUCUAUCAGCUCUGGAUCAAUGGCGAAUGGGACGAGCACUAUGAUCGAGAAGCUGCAGCGAUACCUACCGCAGGAAAGAUCGAGGCUGUCCGCCGCCCUGUCCGGGCACGCUCAGCAGAUCGCGAAGAUGCGCGUGAAGACCGAGCGACAGCGCAAGAGGAGUUGCGGAAAGACCUGCUGAUCAGCAAACACGGUCAUCCUUUCAAGCUUGUCUAUCAAGAGCGAGUGUUGCGUAAGCGGCGGUGGGCGAGCGUGCAGCCCCAUCGCGUCGUCUUUCCUGGCGAAUCCAAUGCAGUCGUCACCUGUCUGCAAUUCGACUCGGACAAGAUCGUGUCCGCCUCGGAUGAGCAUGCCAUCAAUAUUUUUCACACCAAGACAGGUGCGCUCAUCAAGAAGCUCGAAGGUCACGGAGGCGGAGUAUGGGCGCUUGAAUAUGUUGGCAAUGUGCUCGUGUCAGGCUCAACGGACCGUACCGUUCGUGUCUGGAAUCUGGCUACAGGCGCAUGUACGCACGUCUUUCAUGGUCACACGAGCACAGUACGGUGUCUUCAGAUCGUCCGACCGCAAAACGUCAACCCGGAUCCGCAAGGCGAACCCGUAUGGGAGCCGCCGUAUCCUCUCAUCGUGACCGGGUCGCGUGAUUCGUAUCUGCGGGUCUGGAAGCUGCCUCCCAUGGAUCGGCACAAAGCGUCUGAUCCUUAUGUGCCGAUGUCACCCUCUGAUCCCGAUGUCACCCAAGAUGUGACGACCAAUGUACACCACCUUUACUUGCUCGCUGGCCAUCGCAAUCCCGUCAGGGCGCUGGCAGCGCAUGGUCGCACACUUAUUUCUGGCUCGUACGACACGACUGUGCGCGUCUGGGAUCUCUUGACGGGAUCCUGUCUCUUCACAUUCGAAGGGCAUCAGUCAAAGGUCUAUAGCGUCGUGUACGAUCAUGCGCGACAGCAGUGUGCAUCUGGCUCUAUGGAUGGCACGGUCCGUUUAUGGUCGACUGCAACGGGCGAAUGCGUGCGGGUACUGGAGGGUCACGAAUCGCUCGUCGGCUUGCUAGGCCUCAGCUGCAAUUUCCUCGUAAGCGCAGCCGCUGACGCUACGUUGCGUGUGUGGGAUCCCAUCAGCGGCGAGUGCAAGAAGGUACUCACAGCCCACCAAGGCGCGAUCACAUGCUUCCAACACGACGAUUUCAAAGUCGUCUCUGGCAGCGAUGGCUCGCUCAAGCUCUGGGAUAUCCGAGACGGUACAUUCACGCGCGAUCUUAUCACCAACCUCACCGGUGUCUGGCAAGUCGGCUUUUUCAAGCAGCUCUGCGUCAUCGUCGUCCAACGCGAGGGUCAGAGCGAGUAUAAUGUACUUGACUUUGGAGACGUCAGCUCCAAACAUCUCCUGCAGCUACAACGAGAUUCGCUCGCCUUGCGAGGCAGCACAUCAUCAGACUGUAGCUAAUCAGCCGGCGCGUUUUUGUACUGCAUGCUUGCUCGCGAAACAUGUGCAGGCCACAGCCGUCUCAGCAUCCUGUGUGAGCGAUAACAUGCGCCAAUUCAUCCGGUGGUUUUGACCUUGCUAGA